UAUAGCAGGUCGACGAAGCGUGUCCAAGCCAGUUCUUUGACUCUGCAACUAGCAGCCUCUUAAAAGGGCAUAUGGAAAAGUUAUAUUGUGGAUUUCUAGUUGAGAGGAACUUUCGCGGACUUACCUUCAAAGUUUGGAACAAGCGAAACGACUGUGAUUAAUAAAGGUAACAUUUUCACUUCACUGGAGAUCUGCUGGUCUGGUUGUCACAUGACUUUUCGAACAAAGAAGUCCUGGUACCAGUCUAGUAGUCUGUGUACAGCCGCCCCCUCCCCUCAACAGGCUACAGUCUAGUGAUGUUUUUAAAAAGGGCCGGAGUACUAGUGCUCUUAGGCUCGAUUUCCAGUCGCUGUUCGGGAAACGAGCCCACGCUCCCCCCGGACGCGAGAGAGCGGCGCAAAUCGAGUCUAGAGCUAGAGUGCUCUGUACAUGACGAAGAGCUCCUGUUUCGUUUGUCUUUUCCAUGAUCCCGCUCGUAAUUUAUGACCUUUUUGUUGACGAGUUGAAUCGGAGCUCCGGGUUGUAUAAAGAGAAACGGGCUGGCCAUGUCCCACAGACAGGUAAACUGAUAAAAUAAGAUAAAAUAAAAAAUUAAAAAUUAAAAAAAAAACAUUCCUCGGCAUUCUCAAUUUAAACCCGGCAAAAAUCGAGGUAGAGAAUGUAUAUGGACCGGAUGUGGGGAAUAACGCUUGUUGUCGCUGGAGAAAGCUUUUAUGGGGAUGAAUCGGCGAAUGCCAACUCCUCAGCUAGCUACCUCAGUUUCACUUUCGUGUGUUCUUACACUGAUUGGCGAUCGCCAUUGGAGAAGCCCAGAAACCAUUGCAAGUCGCAAAAGAGAAAGAGAAGGACUAGGGCGAGUGAUUGGGUAUGCAAAUGAGCGGAAAAUUCGAAAAUCGUUCGGUGUUCAAUAUUUGUUUGUCGUAAAGUGAAAGCUUUCUAGGCCUUGAACAGUACAUCAGUUUUGUCUUGGGUCAAGAAUUGAAAUGCCAAAGAAAGCUACAGUAGUGAAGACCUAUGGAAGGCAUAAAUAUCGGACAGUCAAGGCGCAAAUUUGGCUUUCUCCUGAUGAAGAUUUUCGUUCGCCGUUUGGGAAGCCAAGUCAUUUUCCCUCCAAAAUCGAAGCCGGUUCUGCUACAAAUAUUUUCAAGCCGAAGUCGUCCCAAUGGAGUAAACCUUUGAAAAAGGUACCAACAUCACAAGUUUGUACCAAUAACCACAAAUGUGGAGCAUCACUCCAGAAUCAAGGAAAAAUUUCCUUGUUUGAUGAUUCUGAUAAGGAAAAUGACCAUAUUUCAAGGGUGUCAGUUGAUGACGUCAAUGAGCAUGAACCCUCAGAAAGAAAACUCAAAAGGAAAAGGCAGACUCUAUUUAGUAAUUGUACACCGGUGUCAACACAGAAAGCCACGAGACAUUCUAGAUUAGACAAUAGCAAAAAUGUGAGAACUAAGGAACAAGAAGUUAUAUUGGUUAAUGACACUUUAGAAAGUAACGACGAAAGGAACUCUCAUGUUCAUGGAGUUAUAUAUGUCGAGGACACUGGAGACAAUUUAUCUUGCGGAUAUAGAUCCAGCAAAGUUUUGGACCCACAAAAUUCAACCAGUGGUUCCCCAAAUCAAUGUCUCAGUUUUAAUGAUAGUGCUGGGCUUAGUAAUCGUACGUCACAUUCACAAGACAGCAAAGGAGAUGGCUUAGAAAUCAGAAAAUGCACCUUUAACUCAACAUCUGACAUGAAAAGUGACAAGGUAGCUUCAGUAAAUGACAGGUGUCACUCAUCCUAUGUAACCUCAACUCCUGUGUUUGAUCUUGACAACUGUCCAGCAAUUGCAAGUACAUGCAAAUCAGAUUCUCAAGAUUCCUUUUUAAUGGGAGGUAAAGUUGUCUUGGAACCACUCCGAAUCACACCAAUUCAGUGGAAGAAAUUAACCUUGUCUUCUACUGCUGAAAAACCAAUCAAUAGCCACAACAGCACUCAGUCUCUAUGUGGUGAACAUAGAAAUUCAGAGGUACUAAAAUCAUCAGGUGCAAGUACAUGUAGCAUUCAGAAAUCAUCUGUGGAGUUGAAGGAAUGUGUGGUUUCUCUCGAGAAGUUAAGGAUAACACCCUUAAAAAAUAGGAGUAAGUAUCUCAUGGCCAGCUUGUCUGGAGAUGGAUCUUAUGUUUCAAGCAGAGGGAAAUCUCAACUCUCAUUUGUGGAAGCCUUAACUCCUGGCAAGAAGAACCAAACAAACUGCAACAUUGAAGUGGAGGAAGCAAUAGAAUUGAGUGCAUUUGAUAAGGUCUUGCUGGAAUGUGAUCAAGAAGGGCCUGUUAAAUUUACAGAAUUCCUUGACUCAAGUUUGCUAAAGAGCUGUGCAAAAAUUGGAGAAGGGGUUUAUGGCGAGGUUUUCCGAGCACAGUAUGAAAAUGGACAAUCCAUUGCACUGAAGAUUAUCCCAGUUGAAGGUGAUUUUCUAGUAAAUGAUGAACCACAGAAGUCAUUUGAGGAAAUCUUGCCAGAGAUUGUUAUUUCCAAGGAGCUGAGUUUACUUGGAGAUGCCCACAAACAUGACAAACCAAUGGAGAACAUGUCUACAAGCUUCAUCACUGUCCACAGUGUAACGUGUUGUCGCGACCAAUACCCCAGUCACCUUAUAUCAGAAUGGGACCGAUGGAACGAGCAACACACGUCAGAAAACGAUAGACCAGAUAUCUUCCCAAGUGACCAGUUCUUUAUCGUUUUUGAGUUCUCGAAUGGAGGCAGAGACCUUGAGAGCUUUGAAUUUGAUGCCUUGUCGGAGGCCUGGAGCGUAUUGCGCCAGACGGCACUCGGACUGGCGGUGGCCGAGAAAGCACUUGAAUUUGAGCACCGUGAUCUCCACUGGGGUAAUGUCCUGAUCUGUAGGACUGGUGACGAGUUUGUAGAGAGUGCUUUACUUGGAGAGAAGAAGAUGGUAGAGAGUCAUGGCGUUCGAGUGAGCUUAAUUGACUUCACUCUCUCGCGGCUAAAGAAAGGUAGUAAAUUAAACUUAGACACAAAAAAUUAGUAUUCGUUACUCAGCUAAGGUUGGAGGCGCAUAGAAAUUUCGGCUGUACACGAGAACCAAUCAGAAAGCUUUGUCCUGAUUUUAU